CGAUCCUCUCCUGCGCGCGCAACUUCCACCCUUCCCAUCUUCAUCAACUAACGGCCUUUAGAUCUAUAUCUGUUCUAUUCAUACAUUCAUUUUUUUGAGUCAACUCAUCGAUUUCUUCCGGAGAUAAAAAGAAAAAGGAAAAAAGAAUACAACGUCAAUUCACCCAAGAACGAGGUCGAAUUCCCCUGAUACGAUACCGCGGAUCAUCGGUCGUUGGAUCAACACCCCCUCAUCGCCGGACGGAUAUAGGAACAACACCUUCCUACAUCAAUCUAUUUAUAUAUCUUCUCUCGCGAUCCAAUUUGCAAAUCAUCCUUCAUGGUGGCAUACUCCGCCGGUUCACCUUCUCUUCACAAACCGAGUCCGUUUCCAGAGUCCCCUCGCAGAAUGGCGCGCUUCAGAGCAAGCAACAUCCUCGGCGACCCGUUCGCGCUCGCGACCAUCUCUAUCUCCAUUUUGGCCUGGAUCAUCGCAUUCAUCGCAUCCAUCAUUUCAGACAUUAACACCAAAUAUCCCAACUAUGCGUGGUGGGCGAUCGCUUAUAUGUUUUGUGUCAUUAGCGGCAUUACAACUGUCAUUGGUUCCGAUACUGGCUUGGUUUACGGGGUCGCGAUUGUGGGCUAUCUUGCAGCUGGUUUAGUGUUUACUACUCUUGCCGUGAACACUCUGGUCUACGAGCCGGCUUCUUCCUCUCAAGCUGCGGCAGCUGGCUUCAUCCUUCUUUCCAUGGUGAUUAUUGUGUGGAUCUUCUACUUUGGAUCGUCCCCGCAAGCCUCUCACCGUGGAUUCAUCGACUCGUUCGCUCUCCACAAGGAACAGCAGCCCAGUUCGUACCGAAACAGCAGACCCAUGUCGAGCGCCUUUGGACCUCGGGUUGACGCGACCCCGACACCGCAAAUGUAUACGUCCGCCCAGCUCAACGGCUUCGAAACCUCGUCCCCCGUGUCAGGAUACCCUGGUGGUCUCCCUGGCGAAGAACAACGCAACUCAUCUGUGCCCCGCUUUGGCAACCCAACGAACAACACUUUGCCCCCCAAUCCUAACGGGGAAGUGGGAGAAGUCCCUCAGCCGACCGAGUACCCUUACCGAGCCAAGGCGAUCUACUCAUACGAUGCCAACCCAGAAGACGCCAACGAGAUCAGCUUCGCCAAGCAUGAGAUACUGGAUGUGUCCGAUGUAAGCGGAAGAUGGUGGCAAGCAAGGAAAGCAACCGGAGACACCGGUAUCGCUCCAUCCAACUAUUUGAUUCUUCUGUGAUCAAAUUGAGGGCGUUACCUUCCGUGUUUCUCUUUCUUUCCUCCUUGUUUUUCGUCUGGUUGUCUUUCUUGCCAUUUUGUCGCAAAAUUUCUUUGAUACCCUUUGCGCAGUAUCUCGGUGCGAUUCUGGUUUGCAAAAUUAUGUUAUGUCCUGAUGGCCCUGUUUGGAUCUGAUCUUUGCCUUUUUAUUUGUGUAUUCUUUUGAUUGACUAUAUCUUUUUUAUCUUCUUGGAUCGAGCCCGGCGUCCGCCCGGUUAUAUCACAUGGGUUGUGGGUUGUA